UAGGUGCCUCAUCCUCACCUGAAGCGAGCUAACUAGUUUUCAAUAACUUAUAUUUUCCAUCUCACGUAUCUGCAUUUUGAUAUGUAUAUAGAGAGGAUGAAGCCCAGAGACUUUCUUCAUGAACAUCCACUGCACUACUUUGAAGAGUGGAGCAAUGAUGUCCACGGUAAGACUAGAGGUGUAAAUUGCUCAUCAGGAUGUGGGCAGCCAAUCUCAACUCAGUUCUAUGCAUGCAUCGACUGUAAGUUUUUCCUUCAUAAAUCAUGUUCUGAGCUACCACUGAACAUCACUCACCCCUUUCAUGAUAAUCAUCCUCUCACUCUUUUAGCCAAAGCACCAGCCUCGGCUUCUUGUGAUUUUUGUGGUAAUUUAGUCAAUGGAUUUGUUUACCAUUGUUCUUCUUGUCGUUUCAAACUUCACAUCAUAUGUGCCUUUCUCCCACAAUUCCUCACCGGAAAUUUCCCAAAACGUGAUCAUCAUUUUAGUGAUGUCGAUGAACACCCACUCUUCUUCAUCCAAGAGGAUCUUAUUAGCAGCAAUAAGGGAUAUAGGUACAGGUGUUCUCCUUGUAAGUUCCAGCUUCAUACCCGAUGUGCUUUGCUCAUCACCAAAGAUUUCCCGCAACGCGAACAUCAUUUUAGCCAUGUUGAACACCCACUCGUCUUUGUCCAAAUGCUUAGCAACGAAGUUAAAAUAAAUUCUUCCUGGUCUGUUUGCUCACAAGCAUUAUUGGGCACUUCUUUUUACAAUUGUCCUGAUUGUGGAUUUUUCCUUCACAAAGAAUGUGAGGCAGAGUUGUGGCUUAAGAUUGAGCAUGUUGCCCACCCUGAACACCCUCUUAUUCCUGUAUUUGCAGCAAAUUAUGCCUGCAACUUUUGCCAAGGGAUUCAGGCUGGUGAGCACUCUCCUCAGACUUGUCAUGGGAAUUGUCACUGGUUAAGGGAUGUUCUUCAAAUGGCUGAACCGAGACAACGUUCCACAACCGGCUUCUUAGUUUGCCUUGGGAAUUCCCCUGUUUCAUGGAAAUCGAAGAAACAAGUCACAGUAUCUAGAUCAUCGGCUGAAGCGGAGUACCGUGCAAUGGCUGCCACUGCCAGUGAACUGAGUUGGUUAAAGACAUUACUAUGUGAUCUUCAAGUUUCUAACUCAAAGCCAAUGACACUUUACUGUGACAAUCGAGCAGCUCUGCAUAUUGCCAAUAAUCCUGUAUUCCAUGAACGAACAAAGCAUAUAGAGAUUGAUUGCCAUUUUGUUCGUUGUGCCGUGGUUCUAGGAGACAAGAUAAAGCAUUUCAGCCAUGAGCAUGAAUUAGUGCUUGAUAAUGAGGAGAUUGUUACGAAUGGUGAUAAAAAAUGUUGCGAUGGGUGUGUACUACCGAUCUUGACUGCCGCUUACAGUUGUCCUCAAGCAGAGUGUAAUUUCUCCCUUCACAAGGCCUGUGCCCAAAUUGGAGAGGAGAAACCACAUUGGGCUUACCAAGAUCCUCUUCGAGUCAGCAUGGGGUGCAUUUUUAGAUGUAAAUGUUGUAAGUAUGACUGCAGCGGUUUUUGUUGCUCAGUAAACAGAUAUAGCGUUUGCCUCAGAUGUAGUGAGAUCCCUUUCAUCAGUACCCAUGAAGCACAUGCUCAGCAUUCCCUCUUCUGUGAUCGAGAGCACCAGGGACAAUCUAGUGGCUGCAGUAAAAGAGUGAGUUAUUAUGGUGGUUACAAAUGCACGCUAGCAGAGGAAGAGGAGAAUUGCAAAUUUGCCUUGGACUACAGAUGCAUGACACGGCCCCUUACAGCUGAACAUAGGUUCCACCAUCACCCUCUAAAACUCACUUAUGAAGAUCCUUACAAGGAUGAUGAUGGUGAUCCAUUUCAACACAUGUGUGAAAUCUGUGAAGAUAGAAGAGAUCCAAAGCAGUGGUUUUAUCGGUGUGAUGAGUGCGAUUUUGAUGCUCAUCCCGAUUGCGUUCUUGGAAAAUACCCAUUCAUCAAGCGCGGGAGUAUUUCUGAUAUUAGAUGUGAUUCUCAUGAACGACCUCUCCUAUAUUUUCAGAGUGAGAAAUAUCCCUAUCCGGAAUGCGAUAGAUGUGGCCAUCCUUGCAAAGAUCAGUUGGCUCUUAAAUGUCCCCACUCUAAAUGCAACUUUGCUCUACAUUUUGAGUGUGCCGUUCGACAACCUUAACAUAUGGAGACGGUGGCGGCGUCCAUAUUGUAAAGAUACAAGAAACUCAGACCAAAUUGGUAAUUCUCCCUUUUUUUAAUUUGAUAGCUUCUUUUCAAUCUUUCUUUUCUAUGUCAUAAAUUGUUUUCCCAAAAUUUAAACACUAAUGAAGUUAGUUUGAUCGA